AAAAAAAAGGAAAAAAAAAAAGCAACCCUCACCACAAGCUGUUUCAGCUGCACUCGCUCCGCAACAUCCUUCGUUUCGUCUCUUGUCUCUCCUCAAUAUCUAUUGUCAUGGCCGAGCAGCAUCUACCGCCCAGCUUGGGGCCCUGUAUUUGUGACAGGCGGCAACGGCUACAUCAUGUACCACAUCACUGCUAAGAUUUUCGAGGAGGAGCCCCAGUGCAUCAUCCGCUCGCUGGACAUCAAUACUACGCGCAGCCGGCAUCCAAAUGCCAACGUGCACUACCACUUGCCCGUUCGCACCCAAUUAGGACUAGUCAACUAG